GUUAAAAAGUAGCUUGCUCUUACGUGGCAGCUUCUUAUUGGCUCAAAGGUGUUGAUAGACUCCGAAUGUGGUGUGGUCACUAAUUAAACCAAAAAUACCGAAAUGGUAUCAAACCGAAUGUUGUGAACCGUAACUUUGUAAACCGAACCGAACCGAACCUGAUGAUAAGCCAACCAGCGACUAGGUAGGAGGAAUCUAGUAGUUGGUGGUUCCGCAAAAGUGCCUUUGGUUCCCAAGAAAAUCUAGUGAAAGAGAAAGAGAAGAUGGAGACUUCUCUGAGGUAUUCAGCAAACUCCAGGUCUCUGAGAAUCCAUGCCAAAGAGAAGCUCUCGGUUUACUCCAAAACUCAUUUGCAGCUUCAUGGGGAGCUAGAUACACGGGCUGGAUCGCCAAGUUACUUCUGUGCGAUGAUAAGACACUUUUUCCAUGAGGCUUCGACAAACAUUGGAGUAGGCUUGCAUUACGAUAAAAGCCAAAAGCUUCGGGGUUUUGUACGUGGGAAAAAGAAGUUCCCUGUGAGAACCGAUGCGCUUCUAACCUUUAAUAUCAAAGGAAGAUGUGAUUUUGACCAGGAGUUUAAUCAGAGGAACCCAAAAGGAGCUGCUGAAUUUGAUUUGAACAUAUGGAAGUUUGAGAAAGAUCAGGACUUACGCCUCAGAGUUGGCUACGAGAUGUUUGACAAGGUCCCAUACAUGCAGAUUAGAGAAAACAAUUGGACUCUCAACACCAACUUGAAAGGAAAAUGGAAUGUGAGGUUUGAUCUUUAAGGAGGGAAACAUGAACAGAACACACAUUAAAGGAAAGAUUACAUUCUAUACUUGAUCGUUUUGAGAGAAAUGUAUUACUGAUUGAGUUAUUCUUGGGUUCACCCCCUAGGCUGAACCUAACCAAUAGGAUUUCAUUAUUUCAAAUUUAAUAUCUUUUAAAAUAGGAAA